UUUUUUUUUCUUUUCCCAAGAAGGAGUAAAAAGGGAGUGUUGGAAACUUAACAUUUAAACAGGAUUAAAGCCCUGAGCGCUUAAGGGGAAAACAGGUUAAGGAACUUAAUCCAGGAUGGAUCUGCAGGAGCCCCAGCAGCUGGGAAUGUUCGCGGAGGGCGAGCUGAUGUCGGUGGGGAUGGACACGUUCAUCCACCGCAUCGACUCCACCGAGGUCAUUUACCAGCCCCGGCGCAAGCGGGCCAAGCUCAUCGGCAAGUACCUCAUGGGAGACCUGCUGGGGGAGGGCUCCUACGGCAAAGUCAAGGAGAUGCUGGACUCGGAGACCCUGUGCAGGAGGGCUGUGAAGAUCCUGAAGAAGAAGAAGCUGCGCCGGAUCCCCAACGGGGAGGCCAACGUGAAAAAGGAAAUCCAGCUCCUGCGGCGAUUACGGCACAAAAACGUCAUCCAGCUGGUAGAUGUGUUGUACAACGAGGAGAAGCAGAAAAUGUAUAUGGUGAUGGAGUACUGUGUGUGUGGGAUGCAGGAGAUGCUGGACAGUGUCCCAGAAAAGAGGUUUCCAGUGUUUCAGGCUCACGGGUACUUUUGUCAGCUUAUAGAUGGCUUAGAAUACUUGCACAGCCAAGGGAUUGUCCACAAGGAUAUCAAACCGGGGAACCUCCUGCUAACAACCAACGGGACACUAAAAAUAUCCGAUUUAGGCGUAGCAGAGGCAUUGCAUCCGUUUGCGGAGGACGACACGUGCAGGACGAGCCAAGGGUCGCCAGCAUUCCAGCCCCCAGAAAUUGCCAACGGCCUUGACACCUUUUCAGGCUUUAAAGUCGACAUCUGGUCCGCGGGGGUGACGCUAUACAACAUCACAACGGGUCUGUACCCUUUUGAGGGGGAUAAUAUCUAUAAAUUAUUUGAAAACAUCGGGAAAGGUGACUACACAAUUCCAGAGGAUUGUGGUCCUCCACUCUCGGACCUACUGAGAGGGAUGCUGGAAUACGACCCAGCCAAGAGGUUCUCAAUACAGCAGAUAAGGCAGCACAACUGGUUUCGGAAGAAACACGCUCAGGCAGAGGCGCUGGUGCCGAUCCCGCCCAGCCCCGAGACGAAGGACCGGUGGAGGAGCAUGACGGCGGUGCCUUACCUGGAGGAUCUGCAUGGCUACAACGAGGAGGAGGACGAGGACUUGUAUGACAUUGAAGAUGAUAUCAUCUACACUCAGGACUUCACAGUACCAGGACAGGUGCCUGAGGAGGAGGCCGGGCAGAACGGGCAGAGCCGGGGCAGGGGGCUGCCCAAGGCCGUGUGCAUGAACGGGACGGAGCCGGGGCAGCUGAGCGCCAGGGCCAAGGGCGAGCGCCGCGCCAGCGCCUCCUCCAACCCCUCCCGCAAGGCCUGCUCUGCCAGCAGCAAGAUCCGCAAGCUCUCCACCUGCAAACAGCAGUGAGCUCUGCCCAGCAUCCCCGGGCCCGGGCCUGCGUCCCCCCUCCUCGCCCCAGCUCUGCCUCUCUCCUGGGACUGGACUGUGCUUGCGAUCCAAAAAGAAACCAGAGGAAACCAACCAAGGACCCCCUUCCCUCCCCGCGCCCCCCGCUCCGGCAGCGCCAAGACCCGAGGCCGUGGUGGCCGCACUCCCCGGAUGCCUGGACGUUGAACUUUGCAGCUGCCAGGACGCUGCCCCCCCCAAUCACUCUUUGCCAAUCAA